UUAUUUUUAAUACCGACAUACGAAUGAGCUUCGGAGGAAAAAAUCAACUAAUUUCGCAAAAUCACGCACAAAUGUAGUAGUUUUAGAAAACAGCCGGAAGUUGUGUCCUCCAGUUGAGAAAUUUAAUUGAAAUAAUCUGUGAAUAAGAGACAAAUAAGCUGAUUAUUAUUUUAUAAACACGCAUGUAUGAGGCCAGAAGUCUACAAAGGACUGCGUCUCCAAAAAAGUUGUGUGUUUAAAUCAAUAACAAGAGCAAUUGACUAUCAAUUCGGGGAGAAACGUCAUGCAACAAGAUAGAGGAGAGGUUUUACAAGCGAACAAAACCGCCAGCUCUAAAAAAUGGUCUACAGACGACUGGGAAGUCAGCUAUGCCGACCAACUGACCGCAACAAUGGCAGAAUUUCGAAAAACCCAAAAACUCUGCGAUGUUGUCAUUUCAAGUGAGAACUGCACGUUUCAUGCACACAAAGUCGUUUUGGCAGCAAGUUCCUCAUUCUUCCAGAGCCUUUUCACGGUGGAUAUGAGCGAAAAGAACAAACAGAUCAUUAAAAUAGACAACAUCGAUUCUUCAACAAUGCAUCAUGUCCUUCAGUACGUCUACACAGGUCGCACAACAGAUGCUUGCGUUAAAGAAGCGAGGGAUUUGUACCUUGCGGGAGACUAUCUCAUCCUACCGGGCUUGCGACAUCAAGCCAUCGACAUGAUGGUGAAAGAUCUGAAACCAAACAACUGCUUGUCCACAUUAAUGUGGUCACACAAGUCCAUGUGCCGUCCUCUCUUCACGCACACAUUUCGCUUUAUCUUGGAUAACUUCCAUAGCGUUUCACGUUGCGAAGAUUUCGUGAAAUUACCAACACACGAGGUGCAAUUGUUGCUUUCUAGCAACAAUCUCCGCGUUCCCGACGAGGAAGUUGUCUACGAGGCACUGAAACGCUGGUGCCUUACAAAUCCUGACGAAAGAAGCAUUCGGUUUGCAGAACUUUUUAAGUUUAUAAAACUGGAGCACCUAUCAAAAUAUUACAUCGAAAACUUCGUGCAGGACGACAUCUUGUCAUUAACAAACGACGACACCCGAUUCGAGCUCUUGGAAGCCACAACGGAAUAUACGGUUUCCGAGCGCACCGAGCCUGUCAUCAAUCCGUUGACGCCACCACGACGUCAGGUUGCCAUGGUGAUAUGCGUUUUAACCCCAGACGUGUAUGGUUACAUUCCGACGACCAAAGAAUGGCUGGAGCUCGCCUCGGUGCCAACACCAAGAAUAUUCAGUUCUUCGGUCCUUUUGAAUGGCUAUAUCUACAACAUAGGUGGAUUAGCAGGGACAGGAGAUAACAUAGAUGGAUUGGCAGGGACAGGAGACAGUUCUAAUAUUGUGGAGUGUUUCGACCCGACUGCCAACGUGUGGUCUUCGAAAGCAUCGCUACCAGUCCCUACACGCGCAGCUGCGGUGUGCGUUCUAGAUAAUUUCAUCUACGUGGUAGGAGGGAGAAGUGACAGCGCCCGCUUUAAUAUCGUUCAGCGGUACGAUUCUUGGAAAGAUACGUGGACGUUAAUUACGUCACUAAACGAGGAGAGAAGUGGCACGUCCUUAGUCGCUUGCCAAGGACGUCUGUACGCGAUUGGUGGUAGGAAAUACGAAGACACGUAUCUGAAAUCGGUCGAAUGUUACGAUCCAAUAAAAAACAAGUGGACUCUCGUUUCACCCAUGUGCGUUGCACGUGCAUCUUCUUCGGCCACUUCAAUCAAGCAUACUAUUUACGUCGUGGGAGGCGUGCGCUCACCAGGUAUAUCCCACACUUCCUGUGAAGCCUAUGACACAUCUCUGGACCAAUGGAACGCGAUUUCCAAUAAUCUCAUUCCAAGAUCAUACGCUGGCAUUGCAGCGUUCAAGAUGAGCCUUCUAGUUUGUGGCGGUGAAGACAGCGGUAAUUUUCACGACGAAAUAGAGCGCUACGAUGUCGUGAACGACACAUGGGAGAUUGUGGGAAAAAUGCCGAGGGUCGAAAAGUUCGUAGAUUGUUGUCCAAUGUUCAUUUCUAAAGAUCUAUUGCCCAUCUUUCCACAGGCUUAAAGAAUGGCCAAUGACUGCGCAUGCGCUGUAACUGCCCUAGUAAUUAUCGCUCGCGGCGUGUUCCAUUCUUACUGAAUAUCUUUAAUUUUUAAAAACAAAAACAAGGAUAUGUUACUGAAUACCGAAAAACUAUAUUCUCACUCAGUGCUUAACAAUAUUAGUUGUGAAGUGACAUUUGAACAUGAUCAAGACUCAACUGGAUUGAAUGUUACAAUCAAGAGUAUACAGCAGAACCAUAAAGCCAGGCGUGCAACAUAAAAAAAUCUUUAGCGGGUAUAAAGUGUCAUAAAACGAUGUUUUGGGGAUCUUUGUCCCAUUGUCUAUUUUCAUACAAUUAAUUUCGGUUAAUUAAUAUACCUUAAUUGAUAACAUGAACAUAAUUAAUAUUGCAUACAUAACUUUCUAAGGUAUAAUGAUAGAAACAACAUCAGCAGAUGUGAUGCCAGGCAACACGGUUUGUCAUUGAAACGUCGUGCACAUUGUAUUAAAAGUCACAAUUUCCACAUCAACAUUUUGGGCGUGCUGUGAAUUUGUAACCUUUCGUUUGAAGUUGAUGUUGAAAGAGUCAUAAUUCACUCUCUUUUAUAUAAAUAUCUUAAUGUUUCAA